AUGGGAGGCCUCUGGCCUUGGGUGAUAGGUCUGCUCUGUUUGCCGGGUCUGAUCCUAGGAGCACCCUCAGUCUCUAGCUCCCCAGAAGCAUGUGGAACCAGCUUCUCAGAGGACCUCAACCCUGAGGAGGAGACCCAGACGUCCUGGGACAAGGACAUCCCUGCGAUUAACCAAGGGCUCAUCCCAGAGGAAACUCCAGAAAGCAGCUUCCUCCUCGAGGGGGAUAUCCUUCGGCCAAGUCCCUUCCGGCUGUUUUCCACUACCAGCAACAAGUGGCCUAAGAACGGGGAGGUUGUAGAGGUCCCCUUCCUGCUCUCCAGCAAGUAUGAUAAACCCAGCCGUGAGGUCCUCCUGAAGGCAUUUGCAGAGUUUGAGCGCUUGACGUGCAUCAGGUUUGUCGCCUACGAGGGCCAGAGAGACUUCAUUUCCAUUAUCCCCAUGUCUGGGUGUUUCUCCAGUGUGGGACGCAGUGGAGGGAUGCAGGUGGUAUCCUUGGCACCUACCUGUCUCCAGAGAGGCCCAGGCAUUGUCUUGCAUGAACUCAUGCAUGUGCUGGGCUUCUGGCAUGAGCACUCACGGGCUGAUCGGGACCAGUACAUUCGUAUCAACUGGAAUGAGAUCAUCCCAGGCUUUGAAAUCAACUUCAUCAAAUCUCGGAGCAGCAACAUGUUAGUGCCCUAUGACUACUCGUCAGUGAUGCACUAUGGGAGGCUUGCCUUCAGCCGGCGUGGGCUGCCCACCAUUACACCGCUCUGGGCUUCCAAUGUCCAUAUUGGCCAGCGAUGGAACCUGAGCACCUCGGACAUCACACGAGUACUCAAGCUUUAUGACUGCAAUCCAAGUGGUCAAGGCACCCAUGGGAGAGGGUUCCAGCCCCCCAGCGAUGCUAGGAGCCCUACUCCUGCCUCUAGACCAUACCUGCAGCAGCUUCUGAAGGCAUUGUUGGCACAAUCUGGGAGCCCCGACCCCAGUGGCUCCAAGGCAAGAGGCCAGCGUGUGGUUGCAGUGCCCGGAGAGAGCCCCCGUAGCUGGGAUCCCCCUGCGCUGAGGGAGGUGGGUGGGGAGGCCUCUGCAGGGCUGCUUCAGAUCCCACCUUCCUCCCUAAACUCACAGCCUGGAGCAGGUGUUCCUGGGAUUUCUCUAGAGACCUCCUGGCUGGCCCAAGUGCCCUCUGUACCCCCAACCACAGCUCCAGAAGCAGAAGACCAGCUGAUGCCCAACCAGGAUGCUUUAGGGAACUCAGCUCUGCCAGGAGCUCGUGUACCUGAAAGUCCUUUCAGGGGGAUGCCCAGAGGUCAAGCCUGUGGCUUCUGUCCCCAAGUGGGAAGGGCAUCUUCUGUCUAGAGUAGCUGGGUUGUAUAACUCCUGGCCUUACCGGGCAGUACCCUGUCUUUCAGCCCCAAUCUGGCUACCAUCUCUGAGGUCUAGGACUCUCCCUCUGCCCCUUCCUUUUCUAUAUAUUCUCCUGAAGGAUCUAGGGGACAAAGGGGACUUCUAGGUCUAUCAGGAGAAGGCAGGCCUCACAAGAGACUGGCUGUGCCUGCUCUCAACUUCUGCCCUAGCCCUGGAGGCUGCUGGGAAGGGGAGGUGAUACUCUCCAGGAGACCAGGGGUCUAGAGAGGCCUGGCAGAAGCAGGUUCCAGCCCUGAAGGCCCCUGGGAAUUCUCCUCUAGGGGAGUCCCAGCCCCCUAGCAUGCUAAGGUACUGCCUCUAGCUCUCCCUUGGGCCUGAACUUAGGGGGAGCCUAUGGCUGGGACCCGGGGAACAGCCUCACAUUUCUGAUGUUUGGGUGCUAGGAAUAUUACCCUGCAGCUGUAGCCUCCAGCCCCACUCCCCAUGAGACUUUCUGCUUGCUCCCGUGCAGUGGUGGAAGGUUCCCGCUGUAGGGAAUGCCGCCCUAUGGGCUGGUAAGGAGGGGUGGAAGCCCUCCAGCCCUGCACAAUGGGGAACUCAGCUAGAAUGUGAGGCUCCUGGACACAGGAUUCAAAGUUCCUCUCCACCUUGCUCUCCUGUUCCUGGGAGCCUUCCCUCAUAUCAGCCAGGGACUUGGCCAGAGGAGGCCCUGGAAGGUGGGAAGGGGCUGGGGAGGAGUAGGUGGGGGUUGGGGGGUGGAGGGGUCAACCUGCUGU